CUGCCAUCCAUGGCUAUUCCGCGGCGACGAUGUCAUUGCUUGGUGAAUCAGUUAACAAGGGAAUCACGUCUCUUCAUCUCUUCAUCUUGUGGUCUUCUACAUCUUCUAUAAAUUCUGCCUCCUUUCCCUCUCUUCUCUCUCUCUCUCAACCACCUUCUUCUACAGCCCUCCCAACCGGACCAAACAAGGUGUUCGUCAAGUCAAGUCAUAUCACCUUGUCUCUCUACACAACACCCUGAUACCUCAUCCUCAACUGCUCUUCAUCCACCGUAAAAAUGACUAAGCCUAAUCCCAACGACACCAUCGUGUUCCUAUACAUGUGCCUCCUGUAUUCUGACUUCAGAGUUGUCGACUGGAAGGCUCUCAGCGAGGCCACCAACCUCAACAAUGGGGCCGCGCGCAUGCGUUACCACCGUCUGAAGAAGAACCUUGAUGCCGUCAUCAAGGAUGGCAAAUAUGAUCUCAGCAUCGGUUCCGCCACCACCCCGACCAAGAAGCAUGGUUUGGAUAUGAUCACUGCUACCGACAAAGAAAGCAGUGUUGAGCCUACCAGCCCCACCAUCGAACACUCUACUGGAGUCGUCAGCAUCGCCAGUCUCCUUAACCCGGCAUCCCCCAAGCGCAAGAUGGCGGAUGAGGUUGAUGAUGACUCCGAAGCCUCGACCAUCAUCGAUAACAGCUUCCGCUUCAUGCCCAUCUACGCUCCUGUUACGCGUUCCCCCAGCUCUCAGGGUCUGAUGCCGGCCGCGAAGAAGGCUAAGAAGGAGGAGUGAGGAAUCGGUGUUCAUUGCUUGCUUGCUCACCACAUGGGAGCUCAGAGAGUCGGUUUUGAAUUUUAGUUUGCG